CCGAGCAGCACCACCUGCCACCAUUUAACCAAAUUAGCUCUCGUGCGCGGUUUGGAUAAAAAAUUAAAAGAAACCUCGGCGCUGUGGAACACAAUUAAAGCCAUGCUUUGUUGCGUGAACAUAUUGCCAACCCCGCUAAAGAUGUGCAUGGGAAUGUGCCUCCACCAAGACAUCAGGGAGGAGGCCAAGAAGGCCAAACUGCAGAGCUCCAAAAUCGAGCAAGACCUUUUUGAACAGGCCAGGAGUGAGAUAAAUGUGUUCAAAAUCCUCAUACUUGGAGCUGCAGAGAGUGGAAAGAGCACUCUGAUCAAGCAGAUCAAGAUCAUCCACAGUCAUGGCUUCUCCAAACAAGAGCUCGUCAGCUUCAAGGUGCAUCCGGCAGUCCUCGACAACCUCCUCACAUCAAUGAAGUUUGUCCUCCGAGGAAUGGGGAUGCUGAGGAUAAACCUGGCUAACAAAAAGAAUAAGAUUCACGCCCGCUCCAUCUUGUCCUGUAGUCAGUGUAUGGGAGACGACCAGGAGCUGCUUCCCUUUGUGGCUCAUGCUUUCUGUGCACUUUGGGCAGACUUGGGUGUGCGAGCGGCUGCAUCCAGAGGUUACGAGUUUGAACUUAACGACUCUGCACUCUAUUUCUUCGAGAACAUGAGUCGAAUCAUCGCUCCCAACUAUGUCCCCACUGAGAGAGAUGUUCUCCGAGUGAGAGUAAGGACUUGUGGAAUCAUCGAGACGCAGUUCCAAGUGAAUGAUGUUAUAUUCCGGUUGUACGAUGUUGGUGGACAGCGGAGUGAGAGGAGGAAAUGGCUGCGCUGUUUUGACUGUAUCCAAGCCGUCUUGUUCGUUGUGGCCCUGAGCAGUUAUGACAUGUCCCUCCCUGAAAAGCCAACUGUGAACCGGCUGCAGGAAAGCCUUGAGCUUUUCACAUCACUCUGUUCCAACACUGUCUUCAAUUCCACAUCAGUGAUUCUGUUCUUGAACAAAACAGACCUUUUCCAGGAGAAGAUCCUACAUUCUGGAAGACACCUGAGAUUAUUCAUUUCCAGUUUUAAAGGUGCUGAUGCCGACGUGGACGCCGCAGCUCACCACAUCAACGCCAUGUUCUCCGCUUGCAACAGCAGAGCCGAUCAGCCUGUGUUCCACCACUACACCACGGCCACAGACACCGCCAACAUCCGGGUGGUUUUUCAGAUGAUCAUAGACCAGAUUUUUAGGCAGAACCUCGCAGCUGCUGAGCUACUUUAGCGGUUUUCUCAAUUCAUUAUAUGUAUUUUUAAUAGAAGUUUCACUGCUGUUUUAAAUAAAAUAUUUAUUUAGUUAA